AUGGUUAGAGUGAAGAUGCUGGGACGGCAGGUGGAGGUGGUGGUGAUCCCAGAUCUCGAUCUAGAUGUCUCCCAAGCUGCCCCCGAUCUCGAUCUUCGCUGCUCGUUGGGCCGGUUCUGGUGGAGGAUCGACCCUGCACUGUCAUCUCCUUUCCCUACUGGCCUCGCCCUCUGGGUCGCUGGAGCAGCAACCGGCCGACCCUUGGCCGGCGCUCGCCCGCGCCGCCGCCCCACGUCGAGCUCGCCGUUGCGGGAGCUCUCCCGCGCCGCCCUUGGCCGGCGCUCGCUCUCGCCGCCGCCUCGUCCGGCGGUCGUCGUCAUCGCCCUUGCCGACGCCGCUGCCGCCGCCAUCGCCUUGCCGACGCUCGCCUUCGCCGCCCCCACACCGAGCUCUCCCGCGCCGCCCCUAGCCAGCGCUCGCCAUCGCCGCCUUUGGCGGCGCUCGCUCGCCGCCCCACGCCGGGCGCUCCCGUGCCGCCGCUCGGCCGGCGCUCGCUCGCCGCUUCUCGCCGAAGCUCGCUCGCGCCGCCGCUCUUGUCCGGUGCUCGCCGUCGCUCCCCCUGGCCGACGCUCGCCGUCGCCGUCCCUGGCCGGCGCUCGCUGCCACCGCCCCACGCCGAGCUCUCCCGCGCCGCCCCUUGGCCGGUGCUCGCCGCGGCACCGCGCUGUCCUGGCCAGCGCUCGCCGACGCCGCCCCACGCAGAGCUCACCGGAGCGGCCCCUGUCCAGCGAGCGCGGCGGAGCAUGGUCCGGUGAGAAGGGAGAGAGAAGAUAG